CCUCCUAACAGGCUGCUCCAUACAUUAUAAAACAACAUGAACGGGCCCUUAGUGCCGCUGACCUUCUGGUAACGCUGCUGAAAAUGCUCCAUGCGUGUUGCUCUGUGCUAGAAGAUGGCGGAGUCGGAUGGCGGGGAUUUUGCUUCCAAACAUCCGCAGAGCAGUAUGGCUAACAAGAAUAGCACCCUGCGCUGUACGUUCUCCGCCUCCAGCCACAGCGCCAUCCUCCUCCAGGGCUUGUCGGUCUUGCGGGCCCAGGGCCAACUCCUCGACGUUGUUCUGGCCAUCAACGAAGAGCGCUUCCAGGUCCACAAAGCUGUGCUGGCCGCCUGUAGUGAUUACUUCAGAGCGAUGUUCACCGGAGGCAUGAGGGAGUCAAACCAAGACACCAUCGAGCUGAAGGGUCUGUCGGCCCGCGGGCUCAAACACAUCAUCGACUUCGCCUACAGCGCAGAAGUGACUCUAGACCUGGACUGCAUCCAGGACGUCCUCGGGGCUGCUGUGUUCCUCCAGAUGGUCCCAGUCGUGGAGCUCUGCGAGGAGUUCCUCAAGUCGGCGAUGAGCGUGGAGACGUGUCUGCACAUCGGCCAGAUGGCGACCACCUUCAGCCUGUCGUCCCUCAAAGAGUCGGUGGACGCCUUCACCUUCCGCCACUUCCUCCAGAUCGCCGAGGAGGAGGACUUCCUGCACAUCCCCAUGGAGCGCCUCGUCUUCUUCCUGCAGAGCAACAAACUCAAGAACUGUAGCGAGAUCGACCUCUUCCACGCCGCCAUCCGGUGGCUCCAGUACGACGAAUCUCGCCGGGCUCAAGCCAGCGGCGUCCUUUGCCACGUGCGCUUCCCGCUCAUGCGCUCCUCCGAGCUGGUGGACAGCGUCCAGACGGUGGACAUCAUGGUGGAGGACGUGCGGUGCCGCCAGUAUCUCCUCGAGGCCUUCAACUACCAGAUUCUUCCCUUCCGGCAGCACGAGAUGCAGUCGUCACGGACGCUCAUACGCUCUGACGUCUUGUCCAUCAUCACCUUUGGCGGGACGCCGUACACGGACAACGACCGCACGGUGAGCAGCAAGGUGUACCACCUCCCCGACACGGCGUCCCGCCAGUUCAAAGAGCUGACGGAGAUGGAGGCCGGCUGCAGCCACGCUUGCGUCGCCGUGCUCGAUAACUUCGUCUACGUGGUCGGCGGUCAGCACUUGCAGUACCGCAGCGGCGAGGGCGCGGUGGACAGCUGCUACCGCUACGACCCGCAUCUCAGCCACUGGCUCCGCAUCCAACCGCUACAGGAGGCUCGCAUCCAGUUCCAGCUCAACGUGCUGCGUGGACAGCUGUACGCCACCGGGGGGCGCAACCGAUCCGGCAGCCUGUCGUCUGUUGAGUGUUACUGCCCGAAGAAGAACGAGUGGACUCACGUGGAACCGUUAAAACGCCGGAUCUGGGGCCACGCGGGAACCCCCUGUGGGGAAAAGUUGUACAUUUCCGGCGGUUAUGGCGUCUCGUUGGACGACAAGAAAACGCUCCACUGCUACGAUCCGGCGGCGGACCAGUGGGACUUCAGAGCUCCGAUGAACGAACCGAGAGUGCUGCACGCCAUGAUCAGCACCAGGGAUCGGGUUUACGCUCUCGGCGGCCGCAUGGACCACGUGGACCGUUGUUUCGACGUGCUGGCGGUGGAGUAUUACAUUCCGGAGAACGACCAGUGGACGACCGUUAGCCCCAUGAGGGCGGGGCAGUCCGAGGCCGGCUGCUGCUUGAUGGACAGGAAGAUCUACAUCGUCGGCGGCUACAACUGGCACCUGAACAACGUCACCAGCAUCGUGCAGGUGUACAACACCGAGACGGACGAGUGGGAGAGGGAUUUACACUUCCCAGAAUCCUUCGCUGGAAUCGCUUGUACGCCGAUUAUUCUUCCACAAAACACCACACAACGCUAACCAUCGGACCCGGGACUGUGAAGAUUAGGUAAUACUUUACAAUAACCAACUAAGUAAUGUUUAUAGAUGGUUUAUAAACCAAUUAUUAACCAAAGUGCUAUACAUAUUUAAUCGUUAAAUGUUUUCAACCAAUUUCUUAAAGGUACACUGUUAAAAAUCUUCGUAGAAAUAACAGUAAAACACUGUCAAAUACAUCAGAAAUAGGGCGUAAAAUAAAAAAUUGUAUAUCACCAUAUUAGACACUUUUAAUUCAUCAAAAUCAAAUCAAAGAAUAGCACAAAACUUUUACUUUUUUCUGCCAUAAAGUGGAAGAAACACACAGUUUUGCUGUAAAAAAAUAUUAGAUUUUUCAUUUAAAAUGAAUGGAGAAAUACCAUGACGUCACAAGGACGUAACUACCCUAAAAAUAAUAGCCGACCAAAGGACCUAAAAUGACCAAAAGAGUCACAAAACGACCAAAAAAAGAGACAGAAAACGGCCAAAAGAGACACAAAACCAUCAAAAAAGACACAAAAAGACCAAAAGAGACACAAAACUAUCUAAAAAGACACAAAAUGACCAAAAAAAAAGACAGAAAACGACCAAAAGAGACAUGAAAUGAUCAAAAAAAGACACAAAAUGACCAAAAAAAUACGUAAAAUUAUCAAAUGAGACACAAAAUUACCAAAAAGAGACACAAUAGGGAUAAAAUGGCAAGUGAUUUUUCAGUCUAAAUGACAGAAAUCUUUGUAGAAAUAACAGUAAAACACUGUCAAAUACAUCAGAAAUAGGGCGUAAAAAAAUAAAAUAUUGUAUAUCACCAUAUUAGACACUUUUAAUUAAUCAAAAUCAAAGAAUAGCACAAAACUUUUACUUUUUUCUGCCAUAAAGUGGAAGAAACACACAGUUUUGCUGUAAAAAUAUAACAUUUUCAUGCAAAAUUUAUGGAGAAAUACCAUGAUGUGUGAAUGAAUGACACAAUUACCCUAAAAAUAACAGGAUUAUUCAGUCUAAAUUACAGUUUUUGCUGAUAUUUACAUUUAAAUUUAGAAUAGAAAAUCCACUCACUGUAAUUUUUACGGUGAAGUUCUGGCAACCACAGCUGCCGGUAUUUUACCGUAAAUUAAACAGAUUUUUUUUUACAGUGUAUAUGAAUCAUUUCAAAAUCAUUAACAUACUUAAUAUGGUGUUAAUAUGGUGUACUAAAACUAUUAAUUAUAAUUUUAUUGUUUGUUAAUGGUAAAGUAACUAUAAACUUGCAUUAAUAUACCAUCUAUUUGUCAUUUAUAAAUUAUUUAGUUAGUUAUACAUAAAUAAAUUAUGUAUUUAACAUUCUAAAAGGCCUAUAUACGGUUUAUAAAUGAUGAUUAAAGUUAAUAAACUAUCUGUUUACCAUUUAUAAAUGAUGGUUAUUGUAAAGUGUUACCGAAGAUUUUAUUCCAUGUGCUCUUUCUGCCGACCAUUGAGUCAACACAAGGUGUGAACAUUAUAUAAGCCAGUGUGUGUGUGUGUGUGUGUGUGUGUGUGUGUGUGUCCUCAUUCAUUUGAGGAUAUUAUCUGAAAAGCUACUAAGCCACAUUAUUCACUACUUCUUUCAUUAGAGCACAUUUUUAUUUAAAAUGACUGUCAUGUCAAAACUCCUUUUAAUGUUGAUUGACUUAUUUUGAUAC